AUGAGAUUGCAAGCUUAUGAGUCUUCUAAGUCUUACAAGCACAAAGCCAAGAUAUACCAUGACAAGAAAAUUCUGAACAGGAACUUCCAACCUGGCCAACAGGUGUUUCUAUUCAAUUCCAUGUUGAGACUUUUCCCAGGAAAACUCAAAUCUAAAUGGUCAGGUCCUUUCUCAAUUAAAUCUGUCAGAUCCUAUAGAGCCAUUGAACUUGAAGAUCCUGCCUCUGGAAGGACGUGGUUAGUUAAUGGCCAGAGGCUCAAGCAUUAUUUGGGUGGUGAGGUUGAGAGAUUCACUACCAGCACACAUUUGAAGGAGCCAUGA